AUGGUCUCUUCCGCGCUCGUUGUCUUGUCCCUUCUCGGUUCGGCAUUUGCCAAAGCCAAUGACUGGCGCAAGCCCUGUCAUGAUGGUGUCUGCUACUAUGACUUACCUCGGACUGCCAAUGGGCCCUCUGGUACAUUGAAGAUCUGGGGUAAACCCGACGCCAUCGUCGACAUCACAUCCGCCGCCGGCUGGGAGGUCCUCAACUGCGACAAGAAUGCCUUCGAACAGGAUAUUCGCAUCGUUUGUACCGACAGAUCCAAAUGCAGACACCUGUAUCGGAAGAGACCCAUCGGGAGGAUCGUCCGACUCCCCGAGAACUGUGGUCCCGCCGCCUUUGCGCAUAUCUCUUCUGAACGCGUCUCGGAGGACCAGUCGAUCCCUGAGAGCAUCGCCAGGCGUGUUAAACGUGAUGGUGCGGACCCCGAGGUCAAGACCAUCCACGUCGAUACUCACUUCGACGCUCUUGACACUGAAGAGGUCGGCGAGGUCUACUUCGCGCUGACUGGCGUCAACGUUCCAGUUGAUGAAGAACUCCCCAUCACACCUGUGGCCUCCUUAGAAAGGCGAAGUGACAUGCUCGAAGCCAGAGGAUGGCUCGACAACAUUGUCAAGGCCAUCAAGAAGCUCAACACAGUCGACGUCGAGAAAUCCAAGAGCCUCGACAUCGUGAACAUCGACAAGCACUGGAACCUCCUCAACCGACAACUUUCCUGCCCACCAAUCCAGGCUGGCAUCUCCAUCGACGCUGAUGCCAAAGCCAAGGCUGCCGCUACCCUCGGUGUUGCAGCUGAGGGCACCAUCAUCCCUCCCAAGGUCACCGACUUCGCUGUGAUUGCCAGUCUCACCGGCUACGUAGACGCAGGCCUCGACAUCGCCGCAGGCGUCACCGGUAACGUCGACAUUGGCAAAAUCAAGCUCUUCGAAGUCGGCAUCCCUGGGCUCUCCUUCCCCGGCAUCCUCACCAUCGGCCCCACCUUCCGCGUCGACGCAACCGCCACUGCCUUCCUCGACGUCGCAGCAGAUAUCAACGUCGGCCUCAGCUACACCCUCGAACAAGCCACCUUGGUCUUCCCAAUUUCCUGGAAGGGAAUGUUCACUGACUGGGUCGCCGCCCUCAACAUCGGUGUGGACGCCCUCGGUGGAGCAGCCAGCGCCAAAGUCUUCCUCGCCCUCGACGCCGCCGCCGGUCUCAACCUCCAAUUCCAAGCUCGCGGCGACGCCGGCGUGAUCAUCGGCCGCGACGUUGACUCUGCCCCUGCCCCUGCUAUCCGCGGCUCAGAACUCAUCGGAGCCAACUACUUCAACCCCCGCCAAGUCUCUGGCGGCGCGAGCGCGAGCUACGAUGGAUGUUUCGAGAUUUUCGCCGGGUUGGACGUGAACGCUGGAGCUGAUGCGAACUUCUUUGGCUUGUUUAGUCCCAGCACGAGGGUUUCGCUUUACACCAAGGAUUGGGAGUUGUACCAGAAGUGCUUCGGGAACGCGACGGGAAUCGGGUUUGGUGUUGGAAGGAGAUCGAUUAUGGAGUACGAACAUGAGAAGCGGGCUCUCACUUGCCCUCUUCUCCCAGUUGGUGCUGGCCUCGAGCAGCUUUUGAACCAGAAGAUUUCUGCCAAUCAAUUCAGGGCAGUCUAA